GGCGCCCUGCCACGCCGGAGCGCUGUUGUGCGACCUUGGACACUGGCGAAAAUAAACACCUCGUAUCAGUGUACAAUGUAGAUGGCUCUUCACGCUGCAGCGGGAACAGCUCCGGGGGCCCUAAUUCAGCGCGAGGGCCGUAUAUAAUGCAUGGACAGCGCCGGCCAUCUUCUAAGUGGUGUCGACCGGCCUGCGCGUGCCCCGUCCGCAGCGAUACCGCAGCGGCGGCCCGAGCGCGUCUGUCGGCUGACCUGACUCCAGAGUCCAGCGGAGGGUGGUCUGCUGCGGCCUGCCACCUCGCCAUCCGGCUCCCUGCACUCCCACACUGCGCCAACUGACGACUGAGCCAUGGAACGCCCCGGCAACGGACAACCGAAUAAAAAGGGCCUGCUGGAGCGUCUACGGGACGGCGAUACUAUUAUCGGCGAUGGCGGCAUGAUCUGCGAGAUGGAGAAGCGCUGCUACGUGCAGACGGGCUUCUGGACGCCGGAGGUGUGCGUCACCCACCCUCAGGCAGUGACAGAGCUGCACCGCGAGUAUGCGCGGGCCGGCGCCGAUGUCCUUCAGGCGCUCAACUUUUUCGCGAACGAGUCGCUGAUGCAGGAGCUGGGCAUCAAGCAGUCGGUCGAGGAGGUGAACAGAGCUGCCUGCCGGCUGUGUCGGGAGGUGGCCGAGGAGAAGGGACUCCUGUUCACCGCCUCGCUGACGGCCACACCCGUGUUUGAGAAGGGAGGCUCCCGGCAGGAGGUGGUCGACUCUUACCGGCAGCAGCUGAAGCCGAUCGUCGAGGAGCGCGUCGACUUCAUCAUGUGCGAGUGGCUGUUCGACAUUCGCGAGAUGGAGCUGGCGAUCGGAGCGGCCCGCGAGACCGGCCUGCCGGUGGUCGCCUGUAUGACCAUCGGUCCGCUCGGAGACCGGUGCGGCGUGUCGCCCGAGCAGUGCGCCCUGCGCAUGGCGCGCGCAGGAGCCGACGUCGUGGGCACCAACUGUGCCGUGGGUCCGCGCGUCUGUCUGCAAACGCUGCACCGCAUGCGGCUAGCGCUGCAGCGGGAGGGCCUGCAGCCGUUCCUGAUCGGCCAGCCGAUCGGUCUGAGGACGCCCGACGACGGGCGCACCAUGAUCGGCCGGCCGUACUGGCCGCUCGCCUGUGAGCCGGUAACAAUAACGCGAUUCGAAGCCAACCUGUUCGCUCGCGAGGCGUACGAGGAGGGCAUCCGGUACAUCGGCGGCUGCUGCCACUUCCGCUCCUACCACAUCAGGGCGAUGGCCGAGGAGCUGGCGAAGGAGCGCGGCGGCCGGAAGCCGGAGGCGGCCUCCCGACUGGGCUGCUGGGGCGGCGGCCUGGACCGUUUCUCGGAGCCGGAGGUGCAGAGCCGCGUGGGCCGCCAGCACUGGGCGCACGUGGCGCCCGACCUGCACACACUCGGCGACCAGUCGCCCGCCCAGCACUUUGCCGACUGGAAGAGCGCGCUCAAGCGCAGCGUCAGCGUGGACUACUGAGGGAGGGUGCGCCGCCGUGCCGCCGCCGUCCGGCCUGCUGCAGCGCGGCGCGGACGGACGCCAGUCGCCGCCGGCGGGCUGUGAGCCUUGGCGUGGGCACCAGGCUCGGGCAUGAGCCAGCGGGCACAUGCUGGGUGCAUAGUUAAACGCAUAUGGUGCUCGGACGGGGUUCCUUCAUUGCUGUGUGAUUAUCACGGAGGGUUUCAGACGGCAAUCAUAGCUGAUCUUCUGUUUGUCGCCGUGCGACCUGGCUGCCGGAUGGUUCAAUUUUGAACGCUGUUGGCCUGCAGGCCACCCUGAUAUAUUGUUGCUAUGCAAUUAGGUACCUACCCAUGGUCGUCGUUCCCUGGAAUAGUGGUUUAUCGUUCUAUGUUGCGUCUAGGUCCGCCCUGGUAACGUGUUAAGCUCAAGUACCUAGUAUACGAUUGUUGGUAAUGAAUCAUAUUACGCACAGAUUGUGUCCGCCCCCCCCCCCCUUGCCCACGCCAACAAUACACCGGCGAGGAGGAAA